AAGGAUGAAGUUAUUAAAAAUUAUAUGAAAGCGAAUCCAAAUGAAAAAUUUCCUUUUGCGAAAUUAAGUCAGCAGUUUUCUAAGGAACAGGUUACUUUAAAAGCAAAACAGAUAGCUCAUCGUUGGUGGAACAAACUUGAUCGUC